AUGAAGAUAGUGAACAAGUUUGCAGCAGAAAAGGCAAUUUUACCAACCUCAUACGAACCACAACCUGCAACAAUCCAAGUCGAUGAUCAAUCUGGAAAAAUAUUUGACGUCUUCGGAGGGAUAAGAAAUGACAAGGAAGUUGGUGAUGUUGUUAAAGUUGACGAAAAAGACAUUAUUUUGCCAGGUUUGGUCGAUAGUCACGUUCAUAUCAAUGAUCCCGGCCGUGAAGAAUGGGAAGGAUUUGAUACUGCAACGCAAGCAGCAUUAUCAGGUGGUGUCACAGCUUUAAUCGAUAUGCCAUUGAACUCUAUUCCACCAACUACAACAAUUGAAGGACUUGAUGCAAAAAAAGAUGCAACUGUAGGAAGAAUUCACUCGGAUAUCGGUUUCUGGGCAGGUAGUGUGCCUGGUAAUGAGGAACACCUCGAAGCUCUUCUGGAGCAAGAAGGUGUAUUUGGGUUCAAGAGUUUUAUGAUUGACAGUGGUGUUGACGAGUUCAGUAGUGUCUCACCAGAAGAUAUCAAAAUGGCUUUCAAAGAACUUACAGAUGUGGCCAAACGUGGCAAAAAUGUGACAAUGUUAUUCCAUGCAGAGAAAGAAACAAAAAAGAUUGAUGAAAAGAUUGAAAAAAACAUUGAAGGAAAAAGCACACAAGAAUAUUCAACAUAUCUUUUAACACAUCCGGAGGAAUAUGAAUUAGAAGCUAUUAGUACAUUAAUAGAGAUAAUGAAGGAAUACCCAGAUAUACAUGUACAUAUUGUACAUCUUUCAACAGCUAAAGCCUUGCCAAUGAUCCGACAAGCGAGGGCAGAUGGAAUGAAAUUAACAGUUGAAACCUGCUUCCACUAUUUAUACUUUAAUUCAGAAGAAAUACCAUCAGCUAGAGUAGAAUAUAAGGCAGCGCCACCGGUUCGUGAUUCAGCCAACAAUCAAUUAUUAUGGAAAGCAAUCAAAGAUGGUGACAUUGAUCUCAUCACUUCUGACCAUUCACCAGCUGAUGCAGAAACAAAAAAGAUUGAUAAAGGUGAUUUCCUCGAUGGCUGGGGUGGUAUUGCUUCGCUUGGUUUAGGAUUCCAAGCACUUUACACUAAAAUUCAGAAAGGAGGUGGAUUAGAUUUUCCAAUUGGCCAACUUGUUGAAUUGACUUCAAGGAAUCCUGCCAUUUUGGCUGGAUUCGACGAUAGAAAGGGAUCAAUCAAGAAAGGAUUAGACGCUGGUUAG